AUGUGUUACUAUGACAGCUACUAUGGAGGCCUGGGUUAUGGCUAUGGAGGCCUAGGUUGUGGCUAUGGCUGUGGUUACGGUGGCUAUGGUUAUGGCUGCUGCCACCCACUGUGCUGUAGAAGAUACUGGUCCUAUGGCUUCUACUGA